AUGGAAUUGCUGCUUCUGGAAGGUCAUGAUGUAGAGGGUUUAACACCAUUGGGGUCAGAUGUUGUUCCAUGUAAUCUAGGAGAUGAUAGGGUGUGUGAUUGGGAUGUGCCGGGAGUAUGGAAUGAUAACGAAGAUGAAAGUGGUGAAUCAUAUGACCCGUUGGCAKAGUCUGAAGAAGGACACUCUCAAGCAGAAUAUGGGAACGAAGAGCAUGACGAUGCGCUUGAUGAUGAGCUUGAGYCUGAUGUCGAACAAGUGCACACUGAGAUUCGCAGGGAUGAAGAAGCRGUCCGGSCACCGGGAUGUAAUGGUCUCACCGGAGACCCUAAUGAUGAGAAAUUGCAACUCAUAGUACAGUCUUCUGGGACAAAUGAUGUUAAUGAGGGCGAUGUAUUUGAUAAUAAGAAGGAGUUGAGUUUGAAAAUGCAUUUAGUUGCAAUGCGGAAGAAUUUUCAGUUUAAAGUAAAGAAGUCAACGCCGAAGCUAUAUAUACUGCGGUGCGUUCAUGCUGAUUGCACGUGGAGACUUCGAGCUACCAAGCUAAAGGAAUGCACUUUGUUCAAGAUAAAAAAAUAUUGUGCCACCCAUACGUGCUAUGGUGGAGCUUUAAAACAUGAUCAUAGGCAAGCCAAAAGUUGGGUGGUUGGACAUCUUGUGCAAGAGAAGUUCACAGACGUCUCCCGCACGUAUAGACCGAAGGACAUUAUACAAGACAUGAGGAAGGAGUAUGGUGUCAAUUUAAGUUAUGAUAGAGCAUGGCGUUCUAGUGAAGAAGCACUCCGACUUAUUAGAGGUGAUCCAGCAUCGUCAUAUGGUCUACUUCCAGCUUAUGGUAAAGCUUUGAAAAUCAUGAACCCAGGUACUAUUUUUGAAUUAGAACUAGAAGGUGGCAAAUAUUUCAAAUAUGUAUUUAUGACAUUGGGUCAAUCAAUUCGAGGUUUUCUGGAUUGUAUUAGACCAGUGUUGGUUGUUGACGGGGCCCACCUAAAAGGGAAGUUCAGAGGGGUAUUGUUUUCAGCUUCUGGUGUCGAUGCGAAUAACCAGAUUUACCCGGUAGCAUUUGCGAUUGUCGACGGUGAGACGGUAGCAUCAUGGGUGUGGUUUAUGACUCAAAUAAAACGUGUGCUCGCUGGAGUUGAUAAUUUGGUUUUCGUUUCUGAUAGACAUCAAGCCAUUUGCAAGACAAUCGACAAGGUAUUUCCUGCUGCAUUUCAUUGCUUUUGUAUACAGCAUAUCAAGGUCAACGUGUGA